AUGUUCACCCAGACCUGGGGCAUGGCGUCUAAGAAACGCAACCGAGACGAGGAUGGGGAUGGCGAUGUCGCCAUAGGAGGCACCGAGGGCUUCACAGAACACCGCAACAAACGCCUGCAGUCUCUGCCCUUCCGCACAUCCCCACCGUCCAAGCGACUUUCGUUUCCAUCAAGCUUCAACAGUGGCGCCUUGUCCAACAGCAACUUGUUCGGUGCGCCGCAGCGGUCCCCCCAUACCAUCACUCCGGGUGACUCGGACUCUGAGGAUGUGAACACUGUACAUCUACACCAAAAGACAGCAUUCACAGGUCAGGCUUUUGCAUCCCCCAGUUUGGCUGUCGUACGACCUGUGGAUGCUGCUCCCUUCGAUCAUGCCCCGGAGAUGGUGGAUGGGUACAGGACUGCCGACGUCGACAUGGACAUGGACAUGGAUGGGCCCCAGAACGAAAUGCAGACACAAAGCCCCGUCUAUUUGGGACCUGGACCAUCACAGCCAGACCCUAUGCAGCCCGGGAGUAUCACUAGCAGGAUGCCUACUCCAAUUCAUUGCUCGUUUGCAGCACAGGUCCGGGGGAACAACUGGAGCGGCGCAGCAGGGAACAUGAUGCAAGCCAGUCCCUUUAGUCAACCGCCUCCUGACCGCUCUAUUCCCCGAUCUCUGGAUCGCAAUGCCAUGGUCGACUGGGACCUGGUACAGAAUCGACGACUGCCUUCUCCGAUUAGCGAGAGCGGAGGGGAGGAGCUCGUUUCACCCAGGAUGGUGCUGGACAGUCAGGCCCACCCGGGCAUGCCUCCAAGAGCAGCGUCUGCCAUGGAUUUCUCGGCGCCGGCACGGACACCAAGCGCCCUCAGCACCGUCAGCGACGUCACGGGUAGCUCCAGUUCUGGUUCGAGCCACUCGGGCAAUACCACCAGCAUAGAUUGCGACGUCAGCGCACAUGCCAUGGACAUUGAGCCGGCUGUAGCCCCGUCCCCUAAGAAGGGACACACGCGCAGCCGGCACACGCUCAAUGGCUGGACACAGGAUGUACCGGGCAUGAAGAAGACGUUCAGUAUAGGAUACCGUGCGGAUUGCGAAAAGUGCCGACAGAAAGUGCCUGGUCAUUUCAACCACAUCAUCGUCUCUUAGAAGGGCGUUUCGUACCCGAUCGGUCAUCCAUACUGGGACAAAACCUUUGGGCCCGCCAUUCUAGAUGGCAAGCUCUCGUGGAGGGCAAAGCAGAAGCGUCUGGCUCGGGAGACCUCGUAUCUGCAGUCACUGGAACAAUCUGAAGAUGAUUGUAGCGAUGAUGACAAGAUGGAUAUUGAUAAAACCGCAACUCCGGUUAUCACCAUCGAACCUUUUUCUGAUGCUUGGUUUGCUGAUCUGGACGCAUCGAUCGACAAUAUCACUAGAGCAUUUGAGGAACUACAGUCAGGGGUUUACGUCGAGCCAGAAGACCACGGCUAUGUCGACAAUGCAGAGCGCGAUCUAGCCACCGUUGAGAACGAACUCAUGGGGUGCCUCGCAACCCUGCAAGGCACGAAGUGGAAGCGCCGCCUGCACACGACCAGUAACCUUGAUCGCGAGGAAAGACGUUUUGCUACUGAUGAUUACGACGUACCGUGUGCGCCUACACCCUUCUUUGCGAAGACACCAGAGAGACUUAGGGAGCAUUCCGCCUCAAAUGCCCCAAGCAAGGCCACCGUGGUCUCGGAGGUCAGCAGGACCCGGGGGGACAGCGUCAUGAAGCAGCUGUUUAAAUGGUGGGGACUACCAUGUGAUCCAGGCCGCGCUCGGAAUCCUAAUCGACCUAAGGAGACGCGGACCACAGAGGCUGAUGGGCAGCUCAUACAUUGAUGCAUGCAGCCGUUAUUGCCAUGAAAACGAGGACUUGAGCUUGCGCGCGCCUUUGUUAUUGGGUUUUCCUCUCUUCUUUUUCUUUUUCUUCCAUAUCACAAGGAAAUCAGCGUGGGUGAUUGGCGUUCGCGGCCGGUGAAACAGGUUCUGAGUUUUGAUUAAAGGAAAGGGAGUUGACAUGUGCUUUAUAGGGGAAGGAUUCCCCUACCCUCAUUUGGAUUGUGUCUUUUUCUUAAUUAGCAUGCACUCCAGCGCAGCAACUUUGACAUUCAUUUAGCAAGGAUAGUGGCAAUGAUACCAGUAUGAGUUCAUACACAG